AUGACCUCGAAUUCUUCUUGGGAGAAAUGCGCGACCGAAUUUGACCCUGAUCCAGACAUUGCCGGAAUUGGUGUCGUCACCGCUUUCAUCACUGCUUCAUGCUUGGCAAUUAUUAGCAUAAGCUUGUAUCUUGCUAUAGCGAGCUCUGGACUGAACGUCAUUGAGGUCGGAGGUGCGAGACCACCACCUCGUUUUGGCUUUGUGGAAUCCGUCAAUCCAAUUGACGACUGGGUACGACGAAAUGUUUCAGAUCCUUUUGUCAGGCUCCUUAUCAGAUCAAGGUGGAUCAGAGCGCACAUCAAUCAGCUGAAGCGCGGUCUCUACUCGUUCGUGAUAACACUCGCCGAUACACAGCUCGUCACUAGCAUGGCAAUAUUGUGCACUGCCACCAUCGAAUUACACAGGAAAGAGAUAUCGGUCUAUCAUUUUAUGACGGCGACUAAUCUUGCAUGGCUCACAAGUGGUGUACAUAUACUAACACUCUACGCCAUACGCGUUGAGACACAUGGGGGAUUGGGCAAUAAACCUGCUCAUUACCAAUCAGAUGACAGGGCUUUUCAAAAGAAGGCUGCGUUGACUUCAGCCUUGGGCGCAGACAUGAUAUGUCGAAUUUCCGCUAUGCUUAUCCUUGCGGCGUUACUGCUGUACUGCACCUGGGUCACUGGGGCUGGAGAUUGGGAUAAUUAUGACGAACGGUUGGCGAGUUGUGCAAUCGGGAUGAAAAAAGCAGGAAGUCCCCUGUCUUGGAUGAUUGCGAGUUAUGUCCUGCUCAUCCAAGGGUAUACCAUCCAGUGUCUAUCACUAUGGCCCGCAGUCUCGAUAUGGUGGACCAACAAGAUCAAGGUUUUGGGUUCCGAUGGUAGAGUCUUGGGAGCACCAAAGAAUGAACAGAAACGCCGCUGGUGGAGGUUGAUAUUUAUGCCGCUGUAUUAUGCAUUCAACUCGGAAGCACUGGGUGUUCUUCUUUUCGAUGGGGUGCUGUGGUUUGGUCUGGGAGUUUGGUGGAUUCAGGCGGAGAGGAUAUAUGUACUUGGUGCGUGGGAAGGGAUGGAGUCUGAGAGCGACAUUGAAGGAGUUAGUCAGCUGCUGUGCCUCCUGUUACUGGUGGUACCGUUUCUCCAGGCCAUGCGCACAUAUCACGGUGAGUCGCCGCUAAACCCACAAGGGAAUCGCUCUGGAACACUGGCUGACGUGUGCGUUGUUCUUUAG